UGCCACUCCGCAAAGGCUCCGUCAGCUCAGCCGCAGCAUAGCACAGCAGAAAGGACGCCAUUGCAGCCAGGGCAAGCACAAAGACAGCUCGAAAACUUGGCGGGGAGAUAGUUCGGCUAGCUCAAGGUGUCCAUGGAAAGCAAGGCACCCUCGUGAAGCCCCGGCAACGAUCUCGAGGCCUACAAAUACCCGGCGGCUCAGGCUCUUCCAUCUCAUCGAGUAGAGGAAGAAGCACUUGUGCUGUUGUGCAAUCUUGAUCGGUCUUGUGGCUGUCUAGCUAGGGAGUUAAUUUGGUUUUGCAGUGAUGGCGAAGGGUGCGGGUUACGGGCUUGGGUUCGCGUGCUUCGCUCUUGUGGCGGCGAUGGCCGGCGCGGCGCAGUUCAAGGUCGGCGGCGACAGCGGGUGGAGCGUGGCCGGCGCCAGCAAGGAGUCGUACAACACUUGGGCGAUGAAAAACAGGUUCCAGGUCGGAGACACACUAGUGUUCGUGUACCCCAAGGACAAGGAUUCUGUGCUGGUGGUGCAGCCGGCGGACUACAACGCCUGCAACACGUCGUCGUACGACAAGAAGUUCGCCGACGGCAACACCGUCUUCAGCCUGGACCGCCCCGGCGCCUUCUUCUUCGUCAGCGGCGUCGAGGCCAACUGCCGCGCCAACGAGAAGCUCAUCGUCAUGGUCCUCGCCGGCCGCAACGACACAGGCAUCGGCGCCGCGCCGCCGCCCGCCGCUCCGGCACCGGCAACGUCAUCUCCACCUCCGGCCGCUUCCAGCCCGCCUCCGGCAACGCCCCCCUCACCACUCCCCGCGGCGCCCGCUCCUAGCGCGCCUAGUCCCACCUCCGCUCCUCCUCCGGCCUCCGCUUCCGCCCCGCCACCGGCCUCUUCACCUGCAUCUGCUCCUCCGACCUCGUCGCCGACAGCUCCGGCGUCCCCGCCUCUCCCCACUCCGUCGGCCCCGACCGGCGCCCCGCCGAUGGCGCCCUCAGCGAACGCUCCCGCCGGCGCGGACGGAGGAAGCACGAACUCAACGGGCACGUCAUCAUCCCCGCCCCCCGCCGGCUCCAACGAGCGGAACGGCGCCACGCUCACGGUUACGGGCGCCGCGGGUCUCGCCGGCUCGGCCGCGGCCUGCAUCGUCGGCUUCGCCAUGCUCGCGCUCUGAAGCGUGACCGGAGAAGGGCGACUACUACAACUACAGUACUAACUAAGACGAGUGAUCUGUGUGUGCGUCGACUAUCGAUUGACCUCUUUGUAUUAUACACGUAUUGGUUUUCCAUCGGAUGAAAUAAGAAAGAAACAACCGAGAUUCUUGAGAAAA